AUGCCAGAGUACAAUAUCCCCAACGACGAGAGGGAAAUGGAUAGACUAGAUCUACAGCACCACAUCUGCCUCAUGACGCUGGUAGGCAGACUCGGUCUUGCGCCCCCUUGCCAAGCAGGCGCUGAGGUUGGAAGAGUCCUUCAUCUCGGUAAGGGAACCGGUAUCUGGGCUAUCGAAUUUGGCGAUGACCAUCCGGAGGCCGAACACGUCAUUCUCGCCCAACCUACACUUGUAAUCAUGGCUGAAGUCGAUCACGAGAUCAAAAUUAUUGCGGAUGAACAGGCUCUGGAAGGCAAUCGAGCAGAUAUUGAAAGCAUUGCUUCCUCGAGCACCAGCCUCAGUGGCUCAAUCUUGGACUAUCGAUUCGAAAAUGGGCGAACGUAUCAUCGCUACAAAGACGGAAAAUAUGUGAUUCCCAAUGAUGAGCAAGAGAAUGAUAGAAUGGAUAUGCAACAUCACAUAUGCCUCAUGACCCUCGGUGGUCGGCUCGGACUAGCUCCUCCAUGCCAGCCUGAUGUCAAGGUUGACAGAGUAUUGGAUGUUGGUACGGGCACGGGAAUCUGGGCUAUUCAGUUUGGCGACGAUCAUCCCGAAGCCGAGGCAAGCUCAAAAGUUCUCGGCGUUGAUUUAUCUGCUACGCAGCCAGACAUCGUAGCUACGAAUGUCAAGUUCGAAAUCGACGACAUUGACGAGGAGUGGACCUACACCACCCAGUUCGACUACAUUCACAGUCGCUUCAUGUCGUCAAGCAUCGCAGACUGGAAGGCUUACCUCACUAAAUGUUUCAAUCACAUCCAACCUGGUGGUUAUCUAGAGUUGCUGGAGCCAGAGAUGGAGUUCCAGUCCGAUGACGGCACAUUUCCUGCCGACUGCCCCUUGGCCAAGUACGGCAACCUCCUCAAGGAGGCCGCGGCCAUCUUUGGGCGAGAGUACGUCUCGGUGUCUUCCUUGAAAACACUGAUGGUCGAUGUGGGCUUCAAGGACGUGACGCUGAGCCGGUACAAGUGGCCCAUCACACGUGGCCCAAAGAUCCUUCGUUCAAGGAACUGGGCACUUGGGGCUUUGAGAACAGCAAUGCUGGUUUAG